AUGCAGCCGGCACAAAUUUCCAUUUCGGUCUCCGCAGAGACCGGCCACACGUCGACGACUCCAGCAACACGCAAACCACUGUUGAUGAAGCCGACGCGAGGCUCGGCCGGCUCUUGGAGAGCUUGCAGGCACGGGGGCGCCCCGUAUCCGUCACGUUGUCUCGCCGAUCUGCACGUCACUGCACAAGGCCGUCAACGACGCGUCCUGAUAUCGGGCUUUUCGCUCUCGAUACGAUGUAUCCGGUCAAGAUCCUGGUCGACACUUUCAGCCAUCCCAUCGCGACACCCGGGCAGCCCGUGCUCGGGGAUUCUCACGAGAAGACGAACGAUCAUCGUGCUCCGGGAACAGAGAGUCUUGAAGUUGUUCUCGGACGAUGAAUUCCUUGAGGGUGUUGACUAUAUCCAGGAGGCGUCCGAUGAACACGCCGACGACAGCAUCAAGUGGGUUCCUGGGAUGUAUCUGCGCUUGCUUGCACUGCCGUUGCUCUGGAUAACACCGUGUUUCGUCUCACCGACCAAGGCUCCGUCAAGCAGGAUUUGGAGCACCCACUUUCCAAGCGAUCGUAAGCUCUGGCAGGACGCAGCCGAUCUUGAGGCCCGAGAAGGGGACGACAUCUCUAGUGUAAACGACGUUCUGGACCUUGUCAAACGAGACUCCCUGCGACGUUUGCAUUCUUUGGCCCUGGUGCGCUGCUCAGCGGGGCACCAGAAUGAGGAGAUAGAGGACGCACUGGAAGAGCUCUUCUAG